GUAACAAGAAAAGAGGAAGGGUCCAUAAGGCAGGAUAUAUAGAACAAUGGCACUCUUCCGUUUCAGCCCCAAACGUUGUUUGGAAGUUCAGAAAAUAACUUCCACAGUUUUGCUGAGACAGCUAAGCGAUGCUUCGACCGAUCUUAGAAAAGUGCUGGCUGAAAAAAUUCCAAAGGAACAAGAACGUGUUAAGAAUUUCCGUAAAGCGUUUGGGGCCACCAAAGUUGGGGAGGUCACCGUGGACAUGAUGUACGGUGGUAUGCGAGGAAUCAAAGGACUCGUAUGGGAACCGUCAGUCCUGGAUCCUGAGGAGGGUAUCAGAUUCCGAGGAAAAUCAAUUCCCGAAUGUCAGAAGUUGUUGCCGAAGGCCAAAGGAGGCGAAGAACCACUUCCGGAAGGUCUCUUCUGGCUUCUGAUCACCGGUGACGUCCCCACGGAUGCACAAGUGAAAGCGAUCUCUCAAGAAUGGGCUGCAAGAAGCACGUUACCUGAUCACGUCGUCAAAGCUCUGAACAAUUUCCCCAAAUCCCUUCAUCCCAUGACUCAAUUCUCCUCUGCCAUUACUCUGUUGAACAGCGAAAGUGAAUUUGUAAAGGCUUACACCAGUGGUGUGCACAAAACCAAGUACUGGGAGACCGUCUACGAAGAUUCGAUGAACUUGAUCGCGAAAUUGCCUGUAGUUGCCGCCACGAUAUACAGGAACAUUUACAAGGGUGGUAAAGGCUUGGGAUCCGUCGAUGCAGGCAAAGAUUGGUCCUGGAAUUUCGCGAACAUGCUUGGCUACGAUAACCCUGAAUUCAUUGAACUCAUGCGCCUGUAUCUGACGAUACACUCUGACCACGAGGGUGGAAAUGUUUCUGCGCAUACCACUCACUUGGUGGCUUCAGCAUUGUCCGAUCCCUAUCUGUCCUUCGCCGCCGGUAUGAACGGUUUAGCCGGACCUCUUCACGGACUAGCGAAUCAAGAAGUACUGAUAUGGUUAGAGAAGCUCCGUGCUCAGGUUGGAGACAGCCCCACCGAUGAAAAGCUUAAAGAUUUCAUUUGGAACACGUUGAAGAGCGGUCAGGUCGUUCCUGGAUACGGUCAUGCCGUACUCAGAAAGACUGACCCCAGAUACACGUGUCAAAGAGAAUUCGCAUUGAAACAUUUGCCAAACGACAAGUUAUUCAAGUUGGUGUCUCAAGUAUACAAAGUAGUUCCUCCCAUCCUGUUGGAAACCGGCAAGGUAAAGAACCCGUGGCCCAAUGUAGACGCCCAUUCUGGAGUCUUGUUGCAAUAUUAUGGAAUGAAGGAAAUGAAUUAUUAUACCGUCCUAUUCGGAGUAUCUCGUGCCCUUGGUGUUCUCGCGGCUCUCGUUUGGGAUCGUGCUCUUGGCCUCCCGAUCGAAAGGCCCAAGUCUUUGAGCACCGAUCUCCUUAUGAAACAAGUCAACGGUUAGACGAUAUCUUUAUUUAUGAAAAAAAAAAAAAAAAAACGCAAAGCAGAAAAUCAGAAUCAUUAAAACCUUUAAGUUCGUGUCACACCAUCGUCAUGAUUGCAAGAAUAAAGAACUGACUGCUUUAUUAUCAUGUUAAAAAUGUUAUUACUGCACGGAAAAGUGUAAUUUUUCUCGAGCUCAUUUCGAAUUCAUUUUGAUGACUUCAAAAAAGUCGUUUCAAUUGCUAGAAUCUUAUUGAAAAGAUACGAGGCUAGGUAUUAAAAACAAUAAAACAUCAUCUCACGUAACGACGUAUUGAAAUGUAGACAUUCUAAAAGAAGAAACGAUUUCGUGGUGCGUUGUAUCGUAAAAACUUCGAUCUACAUUUUCUUUUUUUAAUCCGUUAACAGCGACGCGGGUUCUGUACAAAUGAGGUGAAGUUUUUAUGACAUAAAGCCAUGUGUAAAAAAAAUAUAGUUUAAUUCGGUAUACAUAGUUUUAACUGCCAAGCCCUUAAGAGAACAAUACAUGCAUUGACAGUAGAUGCGAUUCACUGUAAAUAUAUUUGUCGCUUUAUGUUUAACUUAAAUAGUAACAGUUUUAGAUGUAAAAGCGGUAAAUAUUAAAUGUAUGAAAAAUUAGUAAAAUGUCUCAAUAUAAAACUUAAGUGUGCGUAGUUAACGUUUUGCAAACGUUGUCUUCAAAAUUGAAUAGACACUGCCAAACAAAUAUCAGAUCAUUGUAAAGUCUAAUUGGAUCGCAAUAAACAUUUUUACUUCGAUAGUCAUGAUAAAAAGGUAUUGUAUUAAUAUUGAAAAUUGCUCCGUUAAACGAAAAUUAAGGAAAAAUAAUUAUUUUUAGUAAACCCAUGUAAAAUAGAAAAUGUAUAGGGCUAAUGAAAUAUGUAAACGAUGUUGCAAUAUUAGCGCACCAGUUAAUGGGUUUAGAUUCUUUAAAUACAAUAUAAAAAUGAUUCAAACACAUCGAGUCAUUACAGUUUACAUGAAUUUAAAAAAUAAAUGACCAGUGGUAGAUCCACUGUUAUGAGAAUGAGUGAGUGUGUGCGAAACUUUAUUUAUAACGAACGUAAAAAUAAACAAUCGUUAAAAAAAUUUAA